ACCGGAAGACUUUUAUUCUGAAGGUCGUAGCCGCUGUUGGGACUUUAGCUCACAGAGCUAACGGCGCUAACAGCUACUCCCGUUAGGUGAGUCAAAGUGCUGCAAACUCCACAGUCAUGUCGCGUUUAAAGUCUCUAACCUGUAGACAACAACUGGACUGGUGAAUAAUCACACUUUGAUAAAGUACGAGAGAGAAAUGGAAGUCUGAGAGGAGACCUCGCUGUCAGCUAACGUUAGCCACCUAGCGUUAGCGCUCGGUUGCCAGACAACGGAGGAGAAGCCAAACAGCCAGUGCUCGCAGCUAGCAGGCGGUUAGCCACAUUAAAGCUAAAGGACCGGUCGGUGAAGAGGUCGUUGACCGAUGGCGGAGGACGGCCGGCGGGGAGAGGAGGACGAGCGCGGCCCCGGAGCAGCUCACCAGGUGUUCGUGGUGAUGGAGGGUCUGCUGGAGAAACUGAAGGUGUUGAACUACGAGGAGGAAGUUCUGUCCAAACACAACAUGAAGCACCUGUCCAGACAUUACUUUGUGUCCAGUCCGUAUCUGGCGUUCAACCCGGGCGAGCAGUUCUACAUGUUCACCAUCAUCGCGGCGUGGCUCAUCAACACGGCGGGGAGGCCGUUCACGGAGCCUCAGGAGUACGACGAACCCAACGCCACCGUGUCCAACGUCCUGGCCGAGCUCCGGGCCUUCGGUGUUAAAGUCGACUUCCCGCCCUCCAAACUGAAGUCCGGUUCGGGCGAACACGUCUGCUUCGUGUUGGACCGACUGGCUGAAGAGGCUCUGAGGAGGAGGGGCUUCUCCUUCAGAAGACCAAAUUAUCCAACAGAAACCGCAGAAGAAGAGUCCGUGAUAGAGGACGACGCAGAGCUCACCCUCAGCAAAGUAGAGGAGGAGAUGAUCGAGGAGCCUGAUGAUGAGGAGGAGAACGUGAUGGACCUGGAGGCUCUGAAGUUACGAACCACUCACACUGAAGCAGAACCGUCCUCCAAACCAGACGAGAUUCUGGAGUCAACGGUUGAUGCAGCCGAGUGGAACCUGGAGGUGGAGAGAGUCCUGCCACAACUCAAAGUCACCAUCAGGACAGACAACAAGGACUGGAGGAUCCACGUGGACCAGAUGCAUCAACACAGAGACGGGAUCAAGUCGUCGCUCAAAGAGGCCAAGAGCUACCUGGACAAACUGCAGGAGGACAUCGGUAAGACUCUUGAGAAGGUGAGCAGCAGAGAGAAAUACAUCAACAACCAGCUGGAGCAUCUGAUCCAGGAGUACCGCAGCGCUCAGGCCAAACUCAGCGAGGCAAAGGAGCGCUACCAGCAGGCCAGUGGAGGAGUGACUGAGAGGACCAGAGUCUUGGCAGUGAUCAGUGAGGAGCUGGAGAAGGUGAAGCAGGAGAUGGAGGAGAAAGGCAGCAGCAUGUCUGAUGGAGCUCCGGUGGUGAAGAUCAAGCAGAGUUUGACCAAAUUGAAGCAGGAGAUCGUUCAGAUGGACGUGAGGAUCGGUGUAGUCGAGCACACGCUGCUGCAGGCCAAACUCAAAGAGAAGUCCAACAUGACGCGGGACAUGCAUGCCACUAAUAUCCCUGAGACUGCCGCCGGGCCCUUUGCUUAGGUUUUACCACAACGCCGGGCUUGAGCAGUUCAUCGAUUUGACUCUUUGUCCUUAUUUUUGUAUCAUUUUGUGUAUAUGAAUAUGAAAUAAAUGUUGUUGUACAAAAUGUCA